AUGACGCUGGGCUGCUGCGCACGCAUGGGCCAGCAGCGACUGCCCUGGCGCUUUGGCCGGUGCCAGCGGCGUUUCUGCGCCACGGCCGCAGGGACGACUGCGGCGGCGGUCCCCGGCAAAGUGCGGGUGCACGCCACCUCCGCCGAGGGGAAAGUCGUCUCCUUCACCGCCCCCGCGGGCAUCACGCUGAUGGAGGCCAUACGCGACUUUGGUAAGCUCGACAUUGAGGCCGCCUGCGACGGAACGUGCGCCUGCAGCACCUGCCACGUGGUGCUUCGCGAGGAGGACUUCAAGAAGCUGGACGGGGUGUCGGAGGACGAGAUGGACAUGCUCGACCUGGCGCCGUCCGUCACGCCGACCUCGCGGCUGUCGUGCCAGGUGGAGCUCACCGACGCACUCGAUGGCAUUACCGUGCAGCUGCCGCCGGAGACAAGCAACCAGCUCUGCUGA